AUGGGACAUGAGGAGCAUGGAGGGACUUGGCACAUGGAAGCAGCUCAACUGGACACGCAAAGGAAGAAGGGAGAAGCCAUCUUGAAGACCAGCUCGACCGUCCACUCGACCAACCGGUCGAGUUCCUCAACUCGACCGGCCAAGCUUCAACUCGAUCGAGCUGGGGAGUCAAAACUUACAACGGGUAGAAAGAGGGUUCAGAGGUCACAGAGGGUACAAGAGGAACCUGAGGUGCUUGUUGCUGAUACAAUGGAUGUACCAGAGGGGAAUGGAAACCCUUUGGGCAAUGGACUCGGUCGAGCUAGGCAAACUCGACCGAUUGGUCAAGGAGAUGCUCCAAACCGCCACCAACAGAGACAAGGGAUUGUUCCACCACCAGUGCAGAACCACAACUUUGAGAUCAAGCUGGGAAUGAUCAACCUUGUCCAGAACAAGAUGUUCCAUGGAUUGCCAAGUGAAGACCCCAUUGACCACCUUGAUGAGUUUGAUAGGCUUUGUGAUUUGACAAAGAUCAAUGGUGUCUCUGAAGAUGCCAUCAAGCUGAGACUCUUUCCUAUGUCUCUAGCUGACAAAGCUCACCAAUGGGAGAAGAGCUUGCCCCAUGGCACAAUCACCACUUGGGAUGAAUGCAAGAAGGCCUUUCUUGCUAAAUUUUUCUCCACCGGUCGCACAGCCAAGCUUAGAGGAGAGAUAUCCAGCUUCAUCCAGCGAAACAAUGAGACAUUCGCAGAGGCUUGGGAGAGGUUCAAAGGCUACACAAGUCAGUGCCCACACCAUGGAUUCAACAAUGAAUCACUACUCUCCACUCUUUAUAGAGGAUGCUUGCCUAGGUAUAGGGAGAUGCUAGACACAGCUAGCAAUGGGAACUUCCUCAACCAGGAUGUAGAUGAUGGCUGGCAACUUGUGGAGAACAUAGCUAACUCAAAUGGAAGCUAUGGAGAAGAGUAUGAUCGCACCAACGGAGCUCGACCCACCACUCGAUCGAGUCAGACGAAAAGUUGA